CCCCCUCCUCGGCCUGCUCCCCGGCCGGGGCCGAAAUCGACCUAGUGAGUCCCUCGCGGGCGAACCAGGACACAACAGAUAGUAGGCGGGUGGUGUCCCAAGGUGCAACUCACCGCCGCGCUGGCUCAGCGUGGCGGUGAGGAUGCACAGACGGUGGUAGUGGCGAGAGGUGUGUAUGGACACUGUUCCCGCGGCAGUAAUGCAAAGCGGCAAACUGCACCUGGCAACCACCGUCGCGGAAAGCGUGGCCCACGAAGCUGAAGGAGUAGAGAGAUUCGUAAACACCACGUCAGUAAGCACCGCUCGCGGGAGAAGGGAGACGACCGCGGGCACCGCGGGGAGGGAGUGCUGCACCCUCCUCGUCAAAACACCACAGGCAAGAACCGAGCUCUGCAGAGAUGGAUUGAUGCGAGGAAACUCGCCGCUCGGAA